UGCUCAAACCUAGCUUGUAAUUCUCUCACCCAUAAAUAACUCACUGACAAGGAUAUUUCAUUGAGGUGACAGGGUAUCUAAACUACAGGGGAAAACGAUUAUGCUAAUAGAUCUCUGUAGUCAUCAAUCAUCUAUUGGACUGUCAAUGUGGUGUCACGUAACAUUCGUGAUCCCCCUUUGGAAAGUGUUUCCUGGAGCAAAUGUGUGUGUGAGAGCGUGUGUGUUGAAUCGAACACACCCUCAUUACAUUUACUAAAACCCCGGGGCUGCGUGUGUACGUGCGCUCGACUGGAACAGGCAUCGAAGAAAACGGUUAGUAAAUUAAACACAAUAUGGGUGGUGGAGCUCUUGAGCUGAAUAUGAGACACUUUAAAGUGAGGACCCGAUGGCUACACCAGGGUCCAUGUGACGUCAGAGAAACGAGCGCGUAAAAACCAAAGAGCGCAUGAGGAGUUGCAUGGAGAGGAUUGUAUCACAGCAGUUAAGGAUUCUACACGGUGCACCUGCAACAAGACUGGAUCAAAAUCUGCCCGGUCCCUUCUCAACAUUCACUACAAACACUCAGAACACAAGAACCCAGCUGUUUGACAUUGGAUUUACUGAUCCUGAAUUACUGAAAGUGGAACUAAUUCAUAAUUCUUUGAGCAUUUUACGCCUGACUGUUCUGCGGAGGUAAAGUUCAGUGACUGCAUUCUUGGUGGACAUUUCUUUUGAUAUGUAUGAAGGUUUCACUGACUUACCUGAUUAAUCGAGUUAGAUCAUAACGGGGACACUCCGCUUUGGCGCACGGAUGUCUGUCGGAGUAGCAGCGUGUGCGCGGUUGAUUCUCUGAAGUCAUUAACUCCCAUGGCUUACCCACCGCUAGGAUACCCGUACUCACCUAGACAACAGGUAACUCACCCGUACUCACCUAGACAACAGGUAAAUCCCCACACACCUUUAAGGAAUUUUGAAUAGUGACAAUUGUUCCCUUGUGUGUAAAAUUAUCUUUCAGUGUUUAUCCUGACGCGUCAAUGUCUCUGUUUCCGUUAGUUCUUGAUGACCUCGAGCUCACUGGCCAGCUGUCUCGAGCCCGGUGGAAGGUCUGUCGUGGACAGCCUGUCAGCCCCCUCUCAUUCGUCCCUCAGUUGCCCGGUUUACGAGAGCAGAGUUCUUCGUUCUCCAGGGCACGAGCUGACUCCCCCCGCCAGUAUCGGUGUCUACAGUGGUGCCUAUAAAAGCCAAGGGUAUUACAGCACGUGCGCCAGCGACGCCACAGCCCUCUAUUCCAGGGUAAGGGUUUCUAAAUGCCAGAUAUUGAUAUUCAGGUUGAGUUUCAUGUAAAAUGUUGUGGUAAAAGUUAUAUACAAGUGACUUUGACAUAGUUGACAUUGCAUAGCUAGUUAAAGUUUAAAGUCUAAAAUAUAAAGACAAAUAUCAGCUCCCAGUAUAAAUGACGUGAACCUUUCUAAUUACAUUUAACAGUAGGCCUGUUCUAUACAGACCUAUCCACCUUCCACACACUAGUCCUGUCCAAAGGAGUAGUGCAUGUGCACUUGAAGUUGAAUUAAAUAUUUGAAUUAAUAUUGCAGGGAACACUUGACUCCAAAGAUGGAGCUGGCCCAGCCCUCGCAGCCCCCCAGGCCCCUGCAUAUUACCCCUACGACUAUGCGUUUGGACAAUAUCCAUACGACAGAUAUGGGUAGGUUAACCUUUACUCUUCAAUUCAUUUCUCGCUUUCGUCACAGUGAUACGGUUCUCUUACAUGCACACAGUCUGACUUAAUGAAAAAGCAAACUGCAGAAAUUUACCACAUCUAUAUUUACUGCACAUUUUCUAUUUUUGUCAGGUAUGCAAGUGCGGACGGAGCAUCACGUCGUAAGAACGCGACCCGGGAGACCACGAGCACUCUGAAGGCCUGGCUGCAGGAGCACCAGAAGAACCCGUACCCCACCAAGGGGGAGAAGAUCAUGCUAGCCAUCAUCACCAAGAUGACACUGACACAGGUGUCUACCUGGUUUGCAAAUGCGCGCAGGAGACUAAAGAAAGAGAACAAGGUGACUUGGUCCCCGCGUGCUAAUAAAGGUUCAGAUGACCGAGGCCUUGAUGACGACAGCGAUGGCGGAGAGGAGUCUAUGGAGGAGCAGCCAAUGAAAAGCAUUGCCGGUAUGUACGCCUCCCCGCACGUAACAACAGCUUAUGAUGUUAUCGGUUUCACUAUCGUUUUAGGAACAGGGAAUUUUUCCAACAUUGUCUCAUCACAUUAUUCAUGUCAUGUCAUUUCAGAUGAAGGGCAGCAUCCGGGCCUCCAGCAGGGUGAUCUGGAGGACUUUGACCUGCUUGAAUCAGACGGUUCUGAUGGAGAACUGAAACAGCAGUUUGACAUAAAGAGCAUUUCCAUCCAAACAGGCCCCCUGUCAGACACUUCUCAUAGGCCUUGUUCUCACACCACAGACACAUUUCAGAGAAACGAAAGAUUGUCUACAAACGCUCCAAAACUGCCCCCAGAGCAAAACCCACCAGAUAUAGACAGCAAACCAAAAAUCUGGUCAAUCGCGCAAACUGCAGUUUCUUUGAAUUCCGCUGUCCAACCUGAGUAUUUUUCCUGCAUGCGGUCAUCCAGCGGAGCCUCCCUCCCGGGCUAUCUGUCAGACGUGGGGCCUAACCCUAACCCUAGAGACCAGGGCUAUCAAUCAGACAUGGGGCUGGCUGCGUCUCAUAGAGACCCGGGCUCUCCGGUCGCAACGCUCAGAGAAUGGGUUGAUGGAGUUUUCCAUGACCCCCCGCUGUUCCAUCCACAACCGGUGCACCAGACAGCCUCCAAGCAAACCGCGGCAUGGAAACGGUUAAACGGGUCCUCGAUGGAAACUCAGGGACGUUUGUUUGAACACAUUGCCUCCUCUCUACAGCACGUCUAGACUGCCAGCGCUAAAGUGCACCAUGCUAAAGUGCACCAUGCUUUUGUUGUUGUAGUGACUUUGGACAAUGGAACACAGAAAAUCACAUAUAUGUGUGUGGUGGCACUUUUGAUAUUGCUUAUGAUAGAACACACGUUUCAUCCCGGGGGAGUCGGCAGCUUCCCUUCCUCGGAGUUCACGCCUGAGUCAUCACAACAUGCGCAUGUGUUCUCACAUCCAGCAGACCUAUGUGACAUGUAAUCAGACCACAUUGUACACAUUCACUAUAUUCCUGCGCUAAAGUCCAGUUGCAGCUGUCACUGUAAUAAAUUGUCUUUUUAUAACAGGUGGACGUUUUCUCUGAGUCCAGUCGUUUGAAAGACACUUGUGCACGCAGCGCUUGAGUGCAGCCUUGCCUGAGACCAAAAGGAUGUAGAUCUAUCCUGUGUGAGUGUGUAUGUGUGUGUGAGAGACAGAGGGUUGGGCGAGGGGGGGGGGGUGGACUGUG